UAGUUGAGCUGUCAAAACUGUAAUAAAGGUCUAUAUUCAUUGAAAUUAAAAUAAUUCGCAUCUUGUGUGUAAAAAUCGUGACUUAAUAGCGUCUUUCGGCAAUAUUUAUUAAGACCGCCCAAGCGGAGCUAUAUCUCAUACAUAGCGUCAUUCCGGCCUCAGCUGUUUCCCGCCAUCACAAAUCCACGGCGAGUCUUUGCGUAGUGUGCGCGCUAGUCGCCUCUAGUGUUAAUUUGUGUUUUUGUGUCAAUAUUAAUUAGUGAAAAUUCUAAAAAUUGCGUGACAGUACAAGAUAUGUCUUAUUUUGCCACUAGUGAGGAUAAAGUGGUUGUAGAAGAAUAUCAGGAAGAGGAAUCUGAGAUUUUACACAUCGGCAGAGCGCAUCAGGCGCGAGAUCGCCAACAGCAACGAGAGGCGUCGAAUGCAGAGUAUCAACGCAGGAUUUCAAUCGUUGAGAACUCUUUUACCGCACCAUGAAGGCGAAAAACUUAGCAAGGCCGCGAUUCUGCAACAGACUGCUGAAUAUAUUUACUCCCUGGAACAAGAAAAAACCCGUUUGCUAUCACAGAACUGCCAACUAAAACGCCUGGUCAACCAGCAUGAGGGAGGUGAUCUACCAGCCAAGAAGCGUCGCAUGCACAUCCUGUCUCAUCAUCAGAGUGCCAAUCAACAAAAUGGAAUUGAUGACACAGAAACCACACUUUUAGGAUUAUCAUCCCCCGAACCUGAAGAGGUGCGAGCACAACUGGAGCAGGAAAGAAGGAUGCGGGCGGUGCUCGAAGAUCGUGUACGGGAGCUCGAAGCACGCGUUUAUUCUACACUUCAACAAGGCACUGCUCCACAGACUGGUGGCUAUAUACAUAGAGUCGACGUCAUUGAACACACCAAUAAUGUAACGAUGCAAGAGCCAAAAACAGUCCAGAGACUUGAAGACGAAAUGAUUUUGGUACCGGCAGAGAGCCUGCCUCAGGUUGCACUUACACAGACUGUUGUCACAUUACCAAUGAGGUCGCCCAGCCCUACAACGUGCAUUGUGAAGGAAGAACCACGACCACCCACACCAAUUUUACACGAUCAUAUACUGACAGAAGCAGUCAAUGUAAGUAUCAAAGCUGAGAAAAUAGCUGAAAACCAAACAAUAAUGACCUUAUCGGCACCGUUGUCGAUGAGUUGUACCGAUGACGAUAUCAUUGAAGAGGAUAAAAAUUCGAGUGCGACAUCUCAGCAAACGCGACCAUACCUCUCCGGAAAUAAGACACGACAGAAUCUUGAAACAAUUGUAGAAGCUAUCCGUCAUUUAGAAGGUGAUCACAUGUUUGAUGAUAGAUCACUGCUAACUCAUACGACGUCUGUGCCAGCUAUACCGACACAAGAUGCCCCCUUGGCACUUACUACUACGCCAAAACAACAUCCAACGCAUUUGAUUUUGCGACCGAAUAUUAGCACGAGUUCAAUCGCCACAGGUAAUACCACAUAUGCACAUUUUCAAAGACAGCAGCAGUGUCGACCCGGUGUUAUAGUCGUCAAACAGCAAUCGUGAUUUGUUUAAAUAGAAUUCGCAACUAAGAUAAAUUAUAUUUACCUGCUUAAAUGUAGUCUUGAUCAAUUAUCAUAAAAAUGAACUGAUAUACAUACAUAUAAAAUAUUUAGAAGACUACACGUCAUUAUAUACUAUGUAUACGCAAACAUUUUAUCUCGGCACUUGAACCUUAUUUAAUUAUGACAAAUCUAAAAUUUAAAUAUUAGUCAAGAGGUCUAUUACA